UCCGGGUGCUGUUCCUUGGUGCUGGGAUGCACAGCACUGGUUUUGGAAUCCGAGAGACUUCCUAUAGCGAUGGCUUCCUACUCGGGAAAGUGCUGAAUACACUCCCUAACUGCUAAUGCAGUCUGGAAACCCCUGACCCUCAUUGCCUCCCAGAGGCCAAAGCAAGAGGUCCAGGAUGGGGACCACGUUUGUCUGGGCCUUGGGCUUUUUGAUGCUUCAGAUGCUGAUUUUUGUGGCUGGGGAACAGGGCACAGAGGAUAUCAUUGAUGAUGCUGAAAAGGGGCUCCACAUGCACAAGGUGGGAUCUGGGUCAGUACGGGCUGCACUGGCAGAGCUGGUGGCCCUGCCCUGUCUCUUCACCCUGCAGCCACGGCAAGAUGCAGCCCAAGAUGCCCCUCGGAUCAAGUGGACGAAGAUUCGGACUGCGUCAGGCCAGCGACAAGACUUGCCCAUCCUGGUGGCCAAGGACAAUGUGGUUCGGGUGGCCAAGAGUUGGCAGGGACGAGUGUCACUGCCUGCCUACCCCCGGCGACGAGCCAAUGCCACACUACUGCUGGGGCCACUGAGGGCCAGUGACUCCGGGCUCUACCGCUGCCAGGUGGUGAGGGGCAUCGAAGAUGAACAGGACCUGGUGCCCUUGGAGGUGACGGGGGUUGUGUUCCACUACCGGGCAGCCCGGGACCGCUAUGUGCUGACCUUUGCUGAGGCCCAGGAGGCCUGCCGUCUCAGCUCAGCCACCAUUGCAGCUCCUCGACACCUGCAGGCUGCCUUUGAGGACGGCUUUGACAACUGUGAUGCUGGUUGGCUCUCUGACCGCACCGUUAGGUAUCCUAUCACCCAGUCCCGUCCCGGUUGCUAUGGCGACCGUAGCAGUCUUCCAGGGGUUCGGAGCUAUGGGAGGCGAGACCCACAGGAACACUAUGAUGUGUAUUGCUUUGCCAGGGAGCUGGGGGGCGAGGUUUUCUACGUGGGCCCUGCCCGCCGCCUGACGCUGGCCGGCGCCCGUGCUCAGUGCCGCCGUCAGGGCGCUACUCUGGCCUCAGUGGGACAGCUGCACCUGGCCUGGCACGAGGGCCUGGACCAGUGCGACCCAGGCUGGCUGGCCGAUGGCAGCGUGCGCUACCCAAUCCAGACGCCGCGUCGGCGCUGCGGGGGCCCAGCGCCAGGUGUGCGCACAGUGUACCGCUUUGCCAACCGGACCGGCUUCCCUGCGCCCGCUGCGCGCUUCGAUGCCUACUGCUUCCGAGCUCAUCACCCCACACCACAACAUGGAGACCCAGAGACUCCAUCAUCUGGGGAUGAGGGGGAUAUUCUGUCGGCAGAGGGACCUCCUAUUCAUGAAUUAGACCCCAACUUGGGGAAAGAAGAGGCAGUCACCCCUGACUUACAGGAGCCUCUGGUGUCCAGUGGAGAAGAAGAACCCCUGAUAUUGGCAGAGAACCAGGAAACUCAAGAGACCCCCCAUUCUACCCAUGGAGAUCCCACACUGGCUUCAUGGCCUACUGGGGAAGUGUGGCACAGCACAGUAGCUGCCAGCCCCAGGAGCAUGGGAGCAGGCACUGCAACAGGUUCGCACAUGGAGGUGGCCCCAAUCCAGCUCACACCAAGGAGGAGGGGGCGCUUCAAAGGGUUGAAUGGGCGCUACUUCCAGCAGCAGGAACCAGAGGGUGGGGGACAAAGGGGAACAGAGGCCAGCACCCAGCCCCCCACCACAGAGACUGCUGGGAAUCAUGUGGAACCUCCCACCAUCUCUGGAGCCAAGGACACCUUGGAGAGUGGCAGGAACCAGAGGCCCUGGGCUGAUCUGACCAAUGAGGUGGAUGUGCCUAGAGCUGGUUCUUCUGGUGGCAGGAACUCCCCAGAGCCCUGGCAGUGGCACCCAACUAUCAUCCCACCUAGCAUCUCUGGCCUGGAGUUAGAGAAACCCAAGGGCCCCAGCAUAAGGCCACCUGCCCAAGACCUGCCUUGGUCUCCCUCAGAGGCCACUGUCCCGGCUCCUAGCCUCUUGGAAGGACCCAGCCCUGCCCCCUGGGAGGCAUCCCCUGUAGUCACUUCCCCCGAUCUCCCUAUCAUGGCCAUGCUGCAUGCCCCCAAACAGUCACUCCUGCCACACUUAACACCUAUCCCCACUGAGGCCAAUGGGAUCAAGGGGCAUGGUGAGGUCAUGGCCACUGCACUGCUCUCCCCUGUCACAGAGACCAAGGUGUAUUCCCUACCCUCCUCCUUGGGCCCGACAGGACUAGGUGGAGAAGUCAGGAGCAUGACACUCAUCAGCCACAGAACAGGAAGUCCCAUGGAUACAAGAGUUGGAGCCAACUCUGAUGCUCCCAGGGAAAACCUUGGAGAAAUUGGAGUGACCAGACCUACUCCUCUCAACAAAGAUGAGUACCCCGGAUCCCGCCCCUGGGCCUCUGUGGACAGGACUAUGGUGGUAGACUUUGCCUCCACUGAGACUGCCACAGAACCCACGGGCAUCAUGGGCAUCUUAGGGCCUGAGUCUGGAGACUUCAACACAGCAGAAAGCCCUACUUAUAGCUCUGGAGCCACUGCUGACGAGAUGCAGAGCACCUGGCCCUCACCAUACAGUGCAGGGCUGGGUGCCAGCCUUCCAUCUGCACCCUUGGGGGAUCCUGGAGUCGUCUUCAUGCCUGGAGUUACCUUGAAUUUGCAGCCUUGGGCUGCUACAGAUGAAGGAGCCAUGGUGGGUCCCACGGAGUCCACAGCCCUGGUAGACUCCAGUGAUGCUGGUAGAAUUUGGGAAUCUGGAUCCCAUGUAUUUGAAGAAGCCAAAAGCUCCACCUUGGCCUCUCAGAUGGCUGUGGAUACAAGUAUGGUGAUGUCCCUCACGUCCCUGGAUCAGGGGGACAAGGUUGAGGUCCUGGCCAUGUCCACACUGGCCUCCUCAAGCUCCCAACCCCUUCUGGAGCUUCAGCUAGAGGGCCAGAUGGAAGCCCAGGGAACGCUGGGAGCUUCAGCCCUUCCACAUCAGGGCAGCCCCCUUGGAAAGCUGGAUUUUCCUCCUUGGACACCAACUGCAGCCAGCAUGGAUGAGGCUGUCUCAGUUUCCUCAGGAGAAACUACAGCACCAUGGGACUUGACCAGCACCCUGCUGCCCAUCUCCCUGGGCACAGAGGAGUUUGAGCUGGAGGUCCUUGCAGGGAGCCCAGGUGUGGAGGGUUUCUGGGAGGAGGCAGCAAGUGGAGAAGAGCCAGCCCUGCCAGGGACCCCUGCAAAUGGGAGUGCCGAGGAGGUUCCUUCUGAUCCCUGUGAGAACAACCCUUGUCUGCAUGGGGGGACUUGUAAUGCCAAUGGCACCAUGUACGGCUGUAGCUGUGACCAGGGCUUCACUGGGGAGAACUGUGAGAUUGACAUCGAUGACUGCGUCUGUAGUCCCUGUGAGAAUGGAGGCACCUGUAUCGAUGAGGUCAAUGGCUUUGUCUGCCUUUGCCUUCCAAGUUAUGGUGGCAGCCUCUGUGAGAAAGACACGGAGGGCUGUGACCGUGGAUGGCACAAGUUCCAGGGCCACUGCUACCGGUAUUUUGCCCACCGGCGGGCAUGGGAAGACGCCGAGAGGGACUGCCGCCGUCGAGCUGGCCAUCUCACCAGUAUCCACUCACCUGAGGAGCACAGCUUCAUUAACAGCUUUGGACAUGAAAACACUUGGAUCGGCCUGAAUGACAGGAUUGUGGAGAGGGAUUUCCAGUGGACGGACAACACAGGGCUGCAAUAUGAGAAUUGGCGGGAGAACCAGCCAGACAAUUUCUUCGCGGGUGGAGAGGACUGUGUGGUGAUGGUGGCACAUGAGAGUGGGCGCUGGAAUGAUGUUCCCUGCAACUAUAACCUCCCCUAUGUCUGCAAGAAGGGCACAGUGCUGUGUGGUCCCCCUCCAGCAGUGGAGAAUGCUUCACUCAUUGGUGCCCGCAAGGCCAAGUAUAAUGUCCAUGCGACUGUACGCUACCAGUGCGAGGAAGGAUUUGCCCAGCACCAUGUGGCCACCAUCCGGUGCCGGAGCAAUGGCAAAUGGGACAGGCCCCAAAUUGUCUGCACCAAACCCAGACGGUCACAUAGGAUGCGGCGACACCAUCACCACCACCAACACCACCACCAGCAUCACCACCACAAAUUGCGCAAGGAGCACAGAAAACACAAGAAACACCCAGCAGAGGACUGGGAGAAGGAUGAAGGGAAUUUCUGCUGAAGAAUCAGGCAAAUGAAAGCACAAACCCUUUCCCACACCUCCUCUGGAGCCUUUGCCUAGGGAGACAGAGCCCAGAGAGAAACAAGAGGGUCUGGAAGUCCCUGAGCCCCAAGCCACAUCCUCCCCACACAUAAUCCUUUGUAUAGAACUCCUUUCUGUCAUUUCUGACAUAAACAAGGUCCUCUUGGCAAGCAUAGCCACAUGUCUGAAAAGUCCAUUCUUGUCAGGCUGAACUCUGGGAGUAUAUCCCAGCUGAAGGGAGCACAGUCAGCAAGGAUUCUUUGUAUUGAUCUAGUCUUCAGCUUGCCAGACUGAAGAAAGCCUUAUUUCAACAACUGGUAAUGGUGUAUGUUUGAGGGUGCAAGAGUGAAUGUUUGAAUUCACACUAAGCAAUUGCUUUUCAAACCAGAGAUUUGGGCUUAAGUAAAUGAUUAGUUGUCCUAAAUCCAGGAUGAUGGCUUAUGCAGUCAUUAGCGUUGGGAGAAGAAGGCUAAACAGAAGCACAUAUGUGAACUUGAUGACUGUUCUUCCUUCACUCGGGAUGUCAGCCCAAUUUCAGUGUUUGGUCUUAGUGGAUAAAAAUAAUGUGGAACUCCCAUGUAUUGGGUUUUAGUUAUGUUUUUACAACAACCUCCCUCCAUGCCCUCAGAGUUAGGGAUGAGACUAAUCAGAGGAAUAUUUAGGUGAUGGAGGGAAAGUAAGUGUAUUGCUUACCCUCCCAAGUCCAGUCAGACGCUGAGAUUGGUGGUUCUGCAUAUAUGAUGAAUCUCUCUCACACACACAGAUGAUAGGAUGUUGAGGUCCAGAUAAGCCAAGAUUUCAUCCCACUCCAUCUCUCAGGGAGACAAAAAAACCUCCUUCCUGAACCAAGAAGGUGCCAAGUUUUCUAGUCCAACCAACGCACAUACCCAUCCCUUAAGCAAACAUUGGUAAUGCUCCUGCCUUGGGUCCCACACCUGAUCCCUGUCUUCAGCUAUUGCCUAGUGGAUUAGAAAUGCUUAAAACUUGAAGUAGUGACACCUACCUGUGGUCAUAUUAUGGAGAGAUGAGCAAUACUGAGACUGAAACACACACACACACACAGUUUUUUCUUGUUGCUUUUAAAAUUUUUUUUUUUUUUUGAGACAGAGUCUCCGUAUGUCACCCUUGGUGACACGCUUGCUGUGGAGUCACAGCUCACAGCAACCUCAAACUCUUGGGCUUAAGUGAUUCUCUUGCCUCAGCCUCCCGAGUAGCUGGGACUACAGGCGCCCACCACAAUGCUCAGCUAAAUUCUUAAUUUUUUAAGUGGAAAAGAACUCACUUUGUCUUCCUCCCCUAAAUCUGCAACCUGUAAAGGCUUCCCUAACUGCCUGAUCUCUGGCAGUUUUUCCUCUGUGUCUGUUACCACUCUCAACCCCUCCAGUCUGGGUAAAAUCUAUAGAUUAGUGUUUAAAAAAAUCCACAGUGGGGUGGCGCCUGUGGCUCAAAGGAGUAGGGCGCCAGCCCCAUGUGCUGGAGGUGGUGGGUUCAAACCUAGCGCUGGCCAAAUAAAUAAAAAAUAAAUAAGGAAAAUCUUGUUUAAAAAAAAAAAAAUCCACAGUGGAGAAUAGUCCUCUGCAGAAAAGAAAGAUAAGCAAAUACAUGAUCCACCUAGGUGUUCAGUAAAGAAAGAAAUGUGUUAACUGAGCCUACAUCCUUCCUGGGAAGUAAUAUUCAUAGUUGAUAGCUAUAGCAUAGGUACCAUGCUAAUGCUAAGGACUUGGACAAAAUCUCCUUGAAUCUUCUCAACCAUGCAGUGACUUAGAGUCCAUUAUUUUCCCAUUUUACAUACAAUGAAACUAAGGCUCAGAUGUAAGGGAAAGACAGUGGCUUGAAGUCACAGCUAACAAAGGAGUAAGAAUUUACUUCCAUCUGUCUUGAUUCCAAACACUGCUGUGCUACUAUGGACUUCCAAGAAAGAGAUUGAAACAUAAUUGCACAAGCUCUCUCUCUGUCUCUGUCUCUCACACACACCCACACAUAUUUAUACACAUACACAUACACACAAUUUAGGAAAUGGUUGAGUAGUGCAAACUGGACCCUUAAAUCCUUGUCUUCAAUCUCCCCUGCUAUAGACAUUAUCCACCACCUAUGGUUAUUGUUGAGAAAACCCAGGGAUAUAGGUUUAACUUUCUACUUUGAUAACUCUUCUUAGUUUAAAAUAAUAACAACAUAUCUUCUUUAGUCAUCCAUGUCACAAGUAAUUCUCCUUUAUGGGGGGAUACUGAGGAUGAAACUUAUCUGGGGGAGUCUUGGUUUAUGUUCCCUCUCCUUGGACACCUCAGGCCCUUAUCCUACCCUCUACCCCAGCUCCAUGAUGGAAGGGGACCAUGGUCUUUUCUAAAGUGGGCAGUUUGUCUUUUGAUCUUUCCCUUGGGAUAUGCGUGUGUGUUUAUGUGUGCCACACGUGUGGCAUGCAUGCGAGUGUGUGUGUGUGAACAGCUUUGGGUUCUGCUGGUUUUGCUGUGAGCUGCAGUGUUCUGUGAGUUUGUAAUAUCUGACACUGUGGACAUUAAUGUACUUCUUGGACAUUUUAAUAAAAUUUUUUAAC